CCCGGUCCCAGACACCAUUGAGCGGCUGGAGCUGCGGGCGGAGGAACCUGCUGAAGCUCAACCUCCGGAUCUGUGCUCCCGGUCCGGGAUCAGGUCUGCGCGCCCCGGCACACGGACUGGAUGCUUUAGAGGAGCUACUGGGAGGACUGGGACUUUAGAGGAGCUACUGGGAGGACUGGGACUUGGCCUGAGCUGGGACCAAACAGGGAUUAUCAGUGGAAGGUUUUGACAGAUGCUAAUGGGAGCCAUGGAUCCAUCUGGACUGGGAGGAGAAAGGCAGUGAGCUUCUGGUGACGUCCAGAAGGAUGCAUUUCUAACCGGAGCAGCUGGGAGGUCAGGAGGUCACAUACCUCUGGAAGGCACCACUAGAAGCAAAUGCUCUGCCGCCAUGCCUCCUGGGACGGUGUGUUGUCUGUCAGCAUGGACGGUCCAAACCCUGCGGUGCCUGGUGCUUGUCGCCGUUGGCUGGCCACUCUUUCCGGCGUUCAGAGGUGUUGCAGGAGGAUCAGAGUCUUCCCACUCGGACCUUUAUCCGACUUUCAUGGGGAACAACACGGCGUUUGAGCACCUGGCCCUGCAUCCUGACCCCCAGGUUGGAUGGGUCUACAUCGGGGCCCGGGAUCGGCUGUUCCAGCUGAACCCGUUACUGCAGCUCCGGGUCCAGGACGACACGGGCCCGGUCACAGAUAGCCCAGAGUGUUUACCUCCUGUGACAGAGAGCAACUGCCCUCAAGCCAGGGGGACCAGCAACCACAACAAACUGCUGCUGGUUGACCCCUUCUCCAGAGAACUCAUCACCUGUGGGAGCGUCAACCAAGGAAUCUGUCAGAAAAGGAAUCUGACAUCAAUCAACCAGGUGCUUUUUUCCACAGAGAGGCCAGUGGAUACUCAGUAUGUUGCAGCUAACCACCCCAAUGUCAGCACCGUUGGUCUUGUGGUCCGCCCCCACCCGGACAGACAGCCGCUGCUGUUUGUGGGACGGGGUUACACCAGCAGCCAUCCACCCAUCUCCACCAGGAACCUGGCCCAGGAGCCCAUCUUUUCUUACGAGGAGACCGCCAAAUUGGCCGUUGCUGGCCGUCUCUCGGAGUACGACCAUCACUUCGUGGCUUCGUUUGCCCACCGCCACCACGUCUACUUCUUUUUCUACAGGCGGGACCUGAAAUCGCAGUCUAGGGAGUACCGCACAUAUGUGUCACGUGUAUGUUUGGACGAUCAGGCCUAUUAUUCGUAUGUGGAAGUGCCGCUGACGUGUCGCUCUAGGGCAGGAAAGAACUACAACCUCCUCCAGGCUGUGAAGCUCGGCUUCUCCAAGAGCGCCGCUACGAGCGAAGCCUCAGAGAUCCUUCUUGGAGUCUUUUCCACUCAUUUGACCUCUUCACCUCGGCCAAGCGAGGACUCUGCUCUGUGCAUAUUUAACCUCCAAGAUGUGGACCGCAGGAUUAACUCCACCAGAGACCUGUGCUACACGCAGAUGGGCAGAGAGGCAGGAUCAGAGGCAGCCUACAUCGAAUAUGAAGUCAAGUCCAACUGUGCCAACCUUCCAGAGAACACUCUGGACGCCUACCCCUGUGGAUCUGACCACACCCCCAGCCCCAUGGCCAGCCGCAUCCCCGUGCUGGAGGAGACCAUCCUGGACAGCCCAUCCGCUCGGCUCACAGCCGUGGCUGUCAGCAUGAGGGCCGGACACACCAUCGCCUUCCUGGGAGACGCCAAGGGGAACCUCCACAAGGUUUUCCUGGGUCCGGAUGGCGAGGUGGAGGAAUACUCUGUGAUCUCCAUCCAGAGGAACACACCCAUCAGCUCAGACCUCCUUCUGGACCAGGAGGAGGAGCAUCUGUUCAUCAUGACCCCUAACAUGCUGCAGAAGAGGCCCGUGGCUGAAUGCCAGCAGCACCCAGACUGCCACUCCUGCCUGCUGGCCCAUGACCCCUACUGCGGCUGGUGCAUCCUGGAGGGAAGGUGUGUCCUGAAAUCAGAGUGCAGCCGUGGAAGCCGACCAGGCCAGUGGCUGUGGAGCUUCGACAUGGAGCAGCAGUGUCUGAGCGUCCAGGACCUGAACCCCUUCAACAUCAGCAGGGAGGAGAGCAGGACGGUGUCCCUGUCCAUCCCAGGACUCCCCCUGUUGGACAGAGGCGAGUCCUACUCCUGCUCCUUCCAGUCCAGCUCCAGCCCUGCCACCAUCACCCAGGCUGGAGUUGCAUGCCAGUCUCCAGACUCCAGCAGAAUUCCUUCGGUGCCUCCUGGACAGGAUUUUGUCACCCUGGCCUUGUCUGUUCGCUUCGGGGACGUCACGGUGGCAGAGAGAGAUUUCACCUUCUAUGACUGCAUGGCGGUGAAGCAGCAGUCAGGAAGCACGCCCUACAACCAGCAUUUUAAACUCCCCACAUCUCCUCCUCCCACCACCAAAACCAUUAAAGUCAUCUCCACAUCCGUCACCACGGCGGCUACAGCAACAACACCCACCAUGAGCACAACUACACCGCCAACCGCCGCCACGACAAUCCCUGCUCCCGUCACCAUAGCAACCAGCUGGGAGCUAGCCACCUCGGCCUGGCCUGAACCCCCAACCGGGCCUUUUACGGUGUACCUUACGCCCUCCAGCACAGCCCCGCCCCCUGAAGGCCCCGCUGCACCGGAUGACCUGCUUGUUGCCACUCAGAGUAAUUCUGAAGAGGCUGCCGUAACGCCAAGCGUUGCUGUGGCGGCAGCAGAGCUGCAGCCCGCCACUGGGGCCGAUGGUCUUAGUGGAGACCAGGAGCCCCUGAUGCCCCUCAUCCUCUCAGAUGCCUCCACCCUCUCGGUGGUCACAGAGUCUCCCUCUAGUGAUGCACAGGAAGCUGAGGAGCCUCCAACGCAGGCCUCGCCCGGCGCUCAGGUGCCCACCGCCGCCUCUGUAGCAGAACUGGCCCUCACUGAGCCUUCCCCUCCCCCGGAGGUCACCCAGGUUCUACGUAACCCCUCUGAACCCAGCAUGAAGUCAAAGGAAGUAGACGCUCCACCAGAGGGCGCCAUGGCGGCAGAAGAGGACACGGCUACGCUCUCAGCUCCUACGGUGCUCUCAGGUGACGGGGAAGACCGUGACCCCCCCUCAUACGCACACCUCAGGGAGGCAGACUCAGAUCCUGAGCUGGAUUACCAGUUUGACUCAGCUGACGCCUUCCUACCGGGUGAUGAGGGCCCCUACAUCAGCUGGGGCUCCUCGGCGUGUCCCUGUGUGGAGAAGGUCCAAGGAUCGUCCCUGCUGCCUGUCCAAGUGGAGAGGAAGAUCACCUUACUGGCACGCAACCUCCACCUCUAUCAGGACGCAGAGCUGGACUAUGAGUGUGUGCUGGUUAUCGAGGGCCAGACGGUGGUGGUGGACGCCUUCGUGGAAGCCGACGACAUGAAUCCAUCAAACUUCUACAUCACCUGUCAGCUUCACAAGUACGCGUACCUGGCUCAGGCAGAGGAGUACGCUGCCAUGGUGUACGUGAAAAGGAGGAACACCUUCCACCUGGACACCUCUCCUAACCUCUCUGUGACCCUGUAUAACUGCUCUGUCGGGCGGUCAGACUGCAGCCGCUGCCAUACGGCGGCCCACAAGUAUGGCUGCGUGUGGUGCGGCGGUCCUGUGGCCAAAUGCUUGUAUUCUGCCUCCUGCAGUGAGCAGGUCCAGCAGACAUGCCCCGCUCCUGUCAUUCUCUCAGUCCAGCCUCUCUCCGGCCUGCUGGAGGGGGGGACCCUGGUGACCAUUUCCGGGUCCAACCUGGGCCAGAAGGCUGAAGACAUCCUGCACUCUGUGACUGUAGCUGGGGAGCCGUGCAUCGUCAUCCCGGAGCAGUACGAAGUCUCCUCUAGGAUUGUGUGUCGGACCAAAGGCAGCAGUGGAGAGAAGGAGGGUCCUGUGACUGUGAAGGUCGGUGGAGGAGACCAGCGCAGUUCCACUCAGGUUUUCAGCUACCAGGACCCGUUUGUUAUGGCCGUCUCACCUGAAAGAGGUCCAAAGGCAGGAGGGACAACCCUGACCAUCAGCGGGAGAAAGCUGCUGACAGGUCAUCCCUCUGACCUCACCAUCACAGUGGGCGGGGUCCCCUGUACAAUAGUGUCCGAGGUGCAGAGCUCCAGCGUUCGGUGUGUCACAGGCAGCAUGAGUAAAGCAGGAAGUUACCGCAUCACGUUGCAUUACGGCGGCACGCUGCGCCACCUCCAUGCUCAGCUCUUCAGCUACACCAACAACCCCAACAUCAGCACUGCCUGGCCAGCCAAGAGCUUCCUGCACGGCGGACGGCUGAUCCAUGUAUCUGGUCACAACCUGGAUGUGGUGCAGAAGCCACAGAUGCUGGUGAAUGUCUUCCCACGCGAGUCCGUCACUGGGAGCAGGAGGAAGAGGAGGAGGAGAAUGUCAGAGGAAGGGGCGUGGACCCUGAGGAGGCUGAGUGGGGAGCUUCCUGAUCCGCUCUGCUGCAGAGAGCCGUUCUGCCCCAUCACACAGUUCUUACAGCUUUGUGAGGUCAACAACUCCUCCCUGAUCUUGUGCCGCUCCCCUAUGGUGGACUCCUCCAUCUUGGACUCAAAGAUCUCCGUACAGUUUCUGCUGGACAGCCUUUGCUUUGAAUUCAGAGGCCUGAGCUCUGAGGCCUUUAGCUACGCACCCAACCCAGUCCUGAAGCCUCUGAACCAGCUGGACCCUCUGAAGGCGUACCGCUACAACCCCGGCAGCUUCAUCCAGCUAGAGGGCGACAACCUGGACCUGGCCAUCACCAAAGAGGAAGUAGUGGUCCUGAUAGGGGAGGGGGUGUGUGCUGUGAAGACCCUGACCAAGAACCACCUGUACUGUGAGCCCCCACCUCAGCAGCCCAACUGCAGGAAGUGUGAAGGUUCUGACAACCUGCCAGGAUUCACGGUCCAAAUGGGCCACCUGAACUUCUCUCUUGGCAAGGUUCAGUAUGACAGCCUCAGCCCCCCCACUUUCCCACUGGAGGCCCAGAUUGGAGUGGGUGUGGGAGCGUCCAUCGUGGCUCUUAUCGUCCUCAUCAUCGUGCUCAUCUACAGGAGGAAGAGUAAGCAGGCUCUGAGGGAUUAUAAGAAGGUCCAGAUCCAGCUGGAGAACCUGGAGACCAGCGUGAGGGACCGAUGCAAAAAGGAGUUUACAGAUCUGAUGACGGAGAUGAUGGACAUGUCCAGCGACCUGGUGGGCUCGGGGAUUCCCUUCCUCGACUACCGGAUGUAUGCGGAACGCAUUUUUUUCCCCGGCCACCGCGAGUCUCCUCUGAGGCGCGGUCUGGACAUGCAGGAUUGUCGGCGGCAGACGGUGGAGCAGGGCCUGGUCCAGCUGUCCAACCUGCUGAACAGUAAACUCUUCCUCACAAAGUUCAUCCAUACUUUGGAGAGCCAGCGGACGUUCUCUCCCAGAGACCGAGCCUACGUGGCGUCCCUGCUGACGGUGGCUCUUCACGGCAAGCUGGAGUAUUUCACAGACAUCCUCAAGACUCUGCUGAAUGAUCUGGUGGAACAGUACGUGGCCAAGAAUCCCAAACUCAUGCUGCGAAGGACGGAAAGUGUGGUGGAGAAACUGCUGACCAACUGGAUGUCCAUUUGUCUUUACACCUUCCUCAGGGACUCUGCCGGCGAGUCUCUCUUCAUGCUCUUCAAGGCCAUAAAACACCAGGUAGAUAAAGGGCCAGUGGAUGCUGUCACACGCAAGGCCAAGUACACGCUGAAUGAUAACCGUCUGCUGCGAGAGGACGUGGAGUACAAGACGCUGACGCUGAAUGUGCUGGUGCAGGGUGGAGGGGUGAACGAGAGCCAGCCCCUGCCCUGCAAAGUGCUGGACUGUGACACCAUCACGCAGGUGAAGGAGAAGCUGCUGGAUCAGGUGUUCAAAAGCACCUCCUUCUCUCAUCGGCCCCACGCCGACUCCCUGGACCUGGAGUGGAGGUCUGGUGUCGCCGGCCAUCUCAUCCUGUCAGACGAGGACCUGACGUCUGUGGUCCAGGGCAGCUGGAAGCGCCUCAACACGCUGCAGCACUACAAGGUCCCCGACGGUGCAUCGGUGGCGCUGGUGCCGCGACACAGCAAGAACAUUCACCAUGACAACCAUGAUUACAUCGCUGGGGAGAAGACUCCCAUGCUGGAGGACGCAGACGAAGGAGGCGUGAAGCUCUGGCAUCUGGUGAAGGCCAGCGAGGAGCCGGAGCUUCCCAAACACCGCAGAGGCAGCCUGAGGGAGAGGGAGCGAGCCAAGGCCAUCCCAGAGAUCUACCUCACCCGCCUGCUCUCUAUGAAGGGGACGCUGCAGAAGUUUGUGGACGAUCUUUUCACAGUGAUCCUCAGCACCAGCCGCCCCGUCCCCCUGGCUGUCAAAUAUUUCUUCGACCUGCUGGACGACCAGGCGGGACAUCACAGCAUCAGCGACCCGGAGACCAUCCACAUCUGGAAGACCAACAGCCUCCCACUGCGUUUCUGGAUCAACAUCAUUAAGAACCCGCAGUUCAUCUUCGACGUUCAGGUGUCGGACCACGUGGACGCCGUGCUCUCCGUCAUCGCUCAGACCUUCAUGGACUCCUGCACCAUCGCUGACCAUAAGCUCGGGCGGGAUUCUCCCAUCAACAAGCUGCUGUACGCCAGAGACAUCCCCCGCUACAAACAGAUGGUGGAAAGGUACUAUGCUGACAUCAGGCAGACGAUAUCAGCCAGUGACCAGGAGAUGAACUCGGCCCUGGCUGAGCUGUCCAGGAACUACUCUGGAGAGCUCAACUACCUUGUGGCACUGCAUGAGCUCUACAAGUACAUCAACAAGUACUACGACCAGAUCAUCACGGCUCUGGAGGAGGACACCACAGCCCAGAAGAUGCAGCUGGGAUACCGCCUGCAGCAAAUCGCAGCUGCUGUGGAAAACAAAGUGACCGACUUGUGACGGAAGAGACGCCCCCCCUCCACACUGAUGGCGGUGAUGUUCCCCCUGCGCAGGACCAUGACGACAGAAGGAACGUGGACGGGCGGAUCCGGACUGCUCUGCUCUCACUGGAACAUCA